GAAAAUUGAACGAAGGAGAUAAAUCUACUAUCAUUGAAAAGAUUCAUCAAUCAUCAAUUAGCUAAUAAAUCAAGAUGUCUUUGACCGACGACCAAGUGAGUAAUGAACUUCGUAAAAUGAAGGCCUUCAUUGAGAAGGAAGCACAAGAAAAGGCUAAAGAAAUUAAAUUGAAGGCCGAUGAAGAAUACGAAAUUGAAAAAGCUUCUAUUGUUAGAUCUGAAACUGCAGCCAUAGAUUCAGUUUAUGAACAAAAAUUGAAAAAGGCUUCGUUGGCUCAGCAAAUUACUAAAUCUACUAUUGCAAAUAAAACUAGAUUAAGAGUUUUGGCUACUAAAGAAGAAGUUUUGAACGAAAUUUUUGAAAAUGCAGAAUCUGAAUUGAAAAAAAUCACCGAUAAAAAAUCUGAUUAUAAACCAAUUCUUGUUGGAUUAAUUGAAGAAGGGGUUUUGGCAUUAUACGAAGAAAAAGUUACCAUUAAAGUCAGAGAACAAGAUGCCGCCUUAGCUAAAGAAGCUGCUGAAGAAGCUGCUAAAGCUUUCGAAUCAAAAUCAAAGUUUUCUGUUGAUAUCCAAGUCGAUGAAUCUGAUUAUUUAUCAAAAGACAUUGCUGGUGGGGUCAUUGUUGUUAAUGGUACUGGUAAAAUUGAAGUUAAUAACACUUUAGAAGAAAGAUUGAAAUUAUUAUCUGAAGAAGCAUUACCUGGUCUUAGAUUAGAAUUGUUUGGUCCUUCUGCUACUAGAAAAUUUUUCGAUUAGAAUCGUUUCCCAUAUUACAAGUCCUUAUCAUUUUGCC